CUGCACUACUCGGCCGACCUCAAGAACCUCGUGCUGUACCUGCUGGGGGACCCGGGCCGGCCGCGCUCGGUGCACGACAUCAUGCCCAUGAUCGGCGCCCGCUUCUACACGCAGCUCGACGCCGCGCAGAUGCGCAGCGACGUCAUCGAGGAGGACCUGGCCAAGGAGGUGCAGAACGGGCGUCUGUUCCGGCUGCUGGCGAAGCUGGGGACCAUCAACGAGCGGCCGGAGUUCCAGAAGGAUCCCGCGUGGGCGGAGACGGGCGACCGGUACCUGCUCAAGCUCUUCCGCGACCACCUGUUCCACCAGGUCACGGCGGCCGGAGCCCCGUGGAUCGACCUCAGCCACAUCGUGUCCUGCCUCAACAAGCUGGACGCGGGCGUCCCGGAGCGCAUCAGCCUGGCGUCGCGCGACGCCACGAGCGUCCUGGUGGUCAGCUACGGCGACCUCAAGCGCUGCUUCGAGGACGCCUUCCAGGAGCUGCUGGCGGCCGCCGCCGCGCCCUGAGCCCGCACACGCCACGCGGGACACGCCACGCGCGGACACGCCACACGCGGACACGCCACACGCGGACACGCCACACGUGCGGACACGCCACACGUGCGGACACGCCCCACGCGCGGACACGCCCCACGCGCGGACACGCCACACGCGCGGGGACACACCACGCGCGGACACGCCACGCGCGCGGACACGGCUACACGCGUGGGCCAGACCCGGCCCGCGCGGAGGCGGCCGACCCCGGCCUCCCUCCGCCCGGUGCGCGGGCGACACGCGUGUCUGCGGCCCGCGGCCCCCUCCCCCCUCCGCGCUCAGGACUCACCCACGCGUGACCUCCCCACACGCGUGAGCCCCGGGACGGAUUCGCCUCACGAGCGGGACGCCAGGACGCACCCACGCGUGACCCACGCGCGACCGGGCGCCGUUUUCUACGUGUCCCCACGACGCGUGUCUUCUGUGCGCGGGACACGCAUGUCGGGCGCAAGCACGGAGCGUGCCACGGGACCAGCGUGCCACGGGACCAGCGUGCGACGCGCCACGCGUGGGACGCCCCACCGGGAGCCCCGGGCGGGCGCGGGCCCCGGGGUCACACGUGUGACACGACCCGCCGGCGCGGGCGGGUCUCGGCUCUUUUGUAUUUAUUUCUCACGCCCGUGGGGGCCCCGCGCGCACGCGCGUGUGCCCGGCCCACGCCCGGGCCCCUCCCCCGCGCGGCUGCGGUUUUUUAAUAAAGAUUCGCACACGCGG